CGGCCAACCCGAGACCUUCAACGAAGCUUCCCGCUUUUCCAUUUCCCACGUGAAAUAAAACAAAAACAAUCCCGUUCCACUCGCUUUUAGAUUCACCAUAAAAAUCAGAGCGUGCAACAAGUUCAUUGUAUCGCGUAAAUAUUUAUUAUUUAUGUUCCGGUCGCCAUGGUUUCAUCGACUGUCCCUUGGUCAGCGGUUCUGGCUGACUUGAGCCGAACAUUGUCGAGCACACCUGUAAACAGCUACCCGAUUCCGAGUCAUGACACGAUUACCAAGGGGGUUAUUAUUAGCAACACGCUUGAAGAAAGCAUGCGGUGUGUGCUGAGAGCUCAAGUCUGUCACUGACUCCACUGUUAAUAAUAAAGACAUAAGACAGGAGUCGGUUCUAUACUACUGGUAUAUAUAUUUAAAAAAAAAAAAAAACAUUUUACGUUAGCGAUGCAAGUUUAUAUACGCUGAGCAUCAUCACCUUUCACAUUUAGAUACCCAGGGAGGAACGCCACGAAUUCACUGUUCAGCAUGAAGCACUUGUGAUGACAAGACAAUGAGAACAAUAUUUGCUGGCUGGCUGUUCUUAAUAUUUUUCGCUCACCCCUGCCUGUGUGACCUCCUGGAAAGCAUUGACGACUGUCACAGGAUCGCCUGGAACCAGACCUGUCCGGACCAGUACUGCACAUACUACUUCCGGGACCCCGGCCCGUACCUCACGUGCUGUCUGUGCGGACCUGCGCGUCUGCAGAUCGGCGUUUAUUACGGAGUGUUGCUGGUUGCUGCCGCCAUAUUGUUAGUCUAUGAACUGUGCUGUGCCUCUCCGUCGCCGCUCAGUCUGGUUGUUGCGGUUGUGAACGGUUCUGUUGUGGUUACAAUCGGUGACGAGCAAGACCCGGAUGACGAAAGAGAAAAACGUGUUAUUCUAGAAGUGUAGAAAACACUGGGGGCAAUUUCACAAAAUAUCGUAAGUUUACGUCUGCGACUAGCAGUUAUACCGGGCAUACAUUUACAAGUGUUUGGCAUGUAUUUCACGAAUAAAAUUAAAAUCAUUAAGGAAAAUGGAGCAUUUUAAGGACAAACAAAUAUUAAAUUAUGUGUAUUUCUAACUAUAUUUUUUGUACAAUAAUAGCAAUAAGAACUUUGGUUUAGUCGUAGAUUUACCUUUAGGUGCAAAACUAGGCGUACGAUGUUUUGUGAAACUGGGCCCAGAAUCACAGUCUAAGAAGUAGAGCUGGGCGGUAUACCGUAUAUACCGUUCGGUAUCGGUAUUAUGUCAAUACCGAUUUACCGUACAGAGCAAAUUUCAAAACACCGAAAUUUCGGUAUUGAAAAAUAUUUCCCGGAAAGCAAUA